UCCUUGGCACAAGUUAGGGCCAUUCGUUGCGCUUGACUGAUAUCUAUUGAGGGGCAAAAUCUGACGCGGGAAUGUCCUGUAUUUCCCUCGUCCGAUGAGAGGGGCUCUUGUCUUUUCAACACAAAUAGAGUCACGCGGAUUCGCAAAGCCUGAAGCUUCCCUCCGCAUCAUGAAUCGGAGGCAGAUGAAAGCGUACGAAUCUCGCGCAUGCUUUACACAAGGGGUGAGACGAGACAAAUCUGCUCGAGGUUCAAGAGCAGAAAAGAGAAUAAAUCCAAAUGAAAGUAAUAAGAUUCAAAAGCACAAGCAUUCAGGUUACAUGUUAUGCAUUAAGACCGGGCCGGUUCUGAUCUCUCAAUAUGCUGCUGUGAAACCUAUGUCACUCAACGAAGCCCACGUUUACCGAUUUGCUUGUUUUCGAUUGAAAGCGCGGGCCCCUUGUCCGCGGAAGCUGCCACUUUCCAGGCAAUAUUCUUCGAAAGUCGUGUGUAUGUAUGUACAAAACAGAAGCUUCGUGAUCUGCGAACUUAGCCCUACCAGAGCGAGUCUCUCCUGAGAGGAAGGCUGGUUUCUGGGAGAGACCGACUUCAGUAUACCUCUAGCGGAAGCAUGCUCGUAUUGUAGACAAGGAACCAGCCGGCGA